GCCGUCUUCUGCAGGCGGGCGCUUCCUACCAGGCCACCAUGGUGACCCUUGGCCUGUCCCGCGUCGACGACGCCGUGGCCGCCAAACACCCGGGACUCGGGGAAUAUGCUGCGUGCCAGUCAAACGCCUUCAUGAAGGGCGUGUUCACCUUUGUCACAGGAACCGGCAUGACCUUCGGCCUGCAGAUGUUCAUUCAGAGAAAGUUCCCGUACCCGAUGCAGUGGAGCGUGCUGAUGGCUGUGGUUGCAGGCUCUGUGGCAAGCUAUGGGGUGACAAGAGUGGAGUCUCAGAAAUGCAGCAACCUCUGGCUCUUCCUGGAGACAGGACAACUUCCCAGAGACGGAGGCACAGAUCCACACAGCUAAGAGAGCAUCACCCAGUUCACAACUGUACCUCCAGCCCCAACCUGGCCCUCCCUGCCUCACACAGGCUUCCCCACCUAGGUGUAUCCUGUGUCCUCUGCACACAUGCCUGUCCAAGCCUGACAGACCUGUGCAUUCUGCUGUUGCUGCCCCCAAACCAGGACCUGCCCAAGUGGUCAUCUGUUCAGACGGGCUCUGGGGAUGGGCAUUCUCCUGUGGGGCAGCAAGAAACAGGGUAAACACUGUGAGCCAGAAAUGGUUGUGCCCUGUUGCACACACACAAGUGGAGAAGGUAGCCUGCAUGGUGGAAGGGACUUGUGCAUCCUGGGUACUUUGGUGUCCCCUUUCCAACCCCUACACCCACAACAAGUCUGGGGAGACCACUGGUGCUGGCUGUGUGAGGCUAAUAAAUGGCUUGUCCUUUUCCCCUCCAGA